UUUAGAUUGAAUUUCAACAAGACAGCAUUCUCAAAUAUUUUUCAAGACAUACGUGAUACAGAGAGCCAAAGAGCAGCGCUGGGAGAAGAGAGUCUUCGGGACGUACAACAUGAUGACAGACUGACAGAGAGAAAGGACGACAGCCCUGCAGCAAACAGCACAAUGUGCCUCGUCUGCCGGACGUCUGAGUGCAAACUUCCUGUGUAGCUAAACCCAGGGGUUCAAAAGAAGAAGGGGAACGGAGCGAGGAGACCCUCCCAGAGCUCGGACAGCAUGGAGAACAGCGAGAGGGGGGAUGAAGGAGGGGGUCCGGACCCAGGAGGAGCUGCUAAAGACAGCGAGGCGGAGAAGCACAAGCAGCUGAAGGAGAAGCUCAACAGCCAGGAGAAGGGCGAGCAGGAGAUCACAGUGUGCCAGAAGGAGAGGAGCUCUCCUGGCUCUGUGUGGCGCAGUGGCUUGACGCUGAGCGAGAGGUUGGCCAUCAACGUGUCGGGGAUGCGCUACGAGACCCAGCUACGGACUCUCGCCCAGUUCCCCGACUCGCUGCUGGGAGAUCCCCGCCGCCGCCUGCCCUACUUCGACCCGCUGCGCAACGAGCUCUUCCUGGACCGCAACCGCUCCUGCUUCGACGCGAUCCUCUACUUCUACCAGUCGGGAGGGCGGCUCCGCCGGCCCGCCAACGUGCCUCUGGACAUCUUCCUGGAAGAGGUGAGGUUCUACGAGCUGGGAGAGGAGGUCGUGAUCCGGUUCAAGGCGGACGAGGGCUUCCCCCGGGUGGUUGAGAGGCCCCUGCCCGCCACCCGCAUCCAGAGGAGGCUCUGGAUGCUGUUUGAGCACCCAGAGUCGUCCUCGGGGGCGCGCAUCAUUGCCAUCGUUAGCGUGCUGGUGAUUGUGGUGUCCAUCCUCAUCUUCUGCCUGGAGACGCUGCCGGAAUUUAGGAACGAGAAGGAGGCGAGGGAGGAAUACUUCUACAAGUACCACACUCUACCAAAGAACAUCUCAGAGAGCAUGCCCCUGCCCUCGAGCGCGUUCCACGACCCCUUUUUCCUGGUGGAGUCAAUGUGCAUCUGCUGGUUCUCCUUCGAGCUCCUCAUGCGCUUCGCCUCCGCACCCAGCAAGACGCUCUUCUUCAAGGACGUGAUGAACAUCAUCGACUUCAGCGCCAUCCUGCCCUACUUUGUCACCCUGUGCACGGAGCUGGCCAAGGACAACGACGCGACGCCCGCGGGCUCGCUGGCCAUCAUCAGGGUCAUCCGUCUGGUACGGGUCUUCAGGAUCUUCAAGCUUUCCCGGCACUCCAAGGGUCUCCAGAUCCUUGGCCAGACCCUCCGGGCUAGCAUGAGAGAGCUGGGCCUGCUCAUCUUCUUCCUCUUCAUCGGAGUGAUCAUUUUCUCCAGCGCCAUCUACUUCGCCGAGGCCGACUACGCCGAGACCACCUUCGUCAGCAUCCCGCACGCCUUUUGGUGGGCGGUGGUCACCAUGACGACCGUGGGCUACGGGGACAUGACCCCCGUGACGAUGUGGGGCAAGCUGGUGGGCUCAAUGUGCGCCAUCGCCGGCGUGCUCACCAUCUCGCUGCCAGUGCCCGUGAUCGUGUCCAACUUCAGCUACUUCUACCACCGCGAGACAGAGUCCGAAGACAACACAGAGUACAACCACAUCAGCCCCUCUCCAUGGGAGGGGGAGGAGGAAGAGCUGGAGGAGCCCAGGGAAGAGGAAGGAGACUACCACGGCAUGGAGGCCAUCUGUCAGGGGAACGCCGGUGAGCCACUAGCAAAUCAAGUCUGAGUUACAGGGUUACCCACAAUGCAUCAGGCAUGGCCAGCUACAGAAAAGCUAACAGGAUGAGGAGAAGGAGACUGACAUGUAUCCAGACUCCAAGACUUUUUACUUUUGCAUGCAUGGCUCAAAAAUGGAUGGCCAUUGAAAAGAGACUUCAAAUAAACUGUCGGAUAAGAGUUCCUCUUUUGAAUAAAUGUGAAUAAAUCGGUUGCAGUAAAUUGGGAAAUUGAAGGACAAAUACACUACUAAAUAGUGCGUGUGAUUGUAGGUGUGUGAGUGUGUGUGAAACCAAAA